AUGGGUCAGGACGGCUAUGGCGUCAGCAUCACCGCCACUCUGGCAACAAACUUGGCAACCGGAACCCUGGCUUCGCCACCAAGUACCAUUUUAACUGAUCAAUCUCGAUUGACUUUUCUUCAGGUAUCCGAGCUGGAGCCUUACAAGUUCACAGCUCGAAAUAACACUUCACUGGGGCUGUCUUGCCCCCUGCAAGGCGACACUCCCUCGGAAGGAUACUCAGAGAUUUCCGGAGGGGCAUUUCAAAUUUUGAAGCACCCACAAAGUAAGCGCCUUCCUUGUCCACUGCCCGGACGAUCACUCGAGGCCAUUUUGAGACGCCAAGUUCUAGAUGCGAGUCCAUCCCCGACCGCGGACCGUGUCGUUGGCUAUGGUCCCGGACCGUGGGAGCUAGCUCGUGCUGUGAAACCGGCAUCUGGGUUCGUUUUGGCUUUCAUUCGGUCUCAUUAUACUCUCGCUGCUAUUCCGGUACUCACGGCUGCUCUCGUAACCUCACUCCAGGUGCUGGGAUUUUUCGUUAUAGUUGCAAACAUGUCAUCUAUACAGACAAAGACUAUUCGACCUGAAGUGCCUCCCGAGACGCAAAAGCUCUCGCUGCUCCAUGGCCCGCUCGACCCUCCUCUGGUUGACCUUACUCUUGGCGAACUACUCGAACUACAGACGUACCAACACGGCACACGCGAAUGUCUCGUUAUUCCUUGGACGGGUGCGCGCUGGACAUACAAUGAGUUGAACCAGCAGUCCUCGUGGCUGGCGCAGUCGCUUCUCGAAUUGGGCAUUGCUGUUGGCGACCGGGUGGGCAUCAUGGCUGGCAACUGCGAACAGUACGCCGCCGUAUUUUUCGCGGCCGCCAAGAUCGGGGCAAUUCUUGUCAUUCUCAACAACACGUAUACACCAACUGAGGCAAUGUACGGCAUCCAAUUCUCGGAAUGCAAGAUUGUCUUUACCACACGCAGCAUCGGUCGCAUGGACAACUCACGCCUUCUAGGCGACUUGGAGAACUUGGAUCGUGGCCCAAAGGUCAUCAUGCUGCGGGGUGACGCCGGAAACUAUACUACAUAUGACGAUUUGAUUAAGGCUGCCGCUCGGAAGAACCACGAUAGGCUCUACGAGGCAAUGAGGCGCGUGAGCCCACAUCAAGUUGUUAAUCUGCAAUUCACCAGUGGAACCACUGGCCUUCCCAAAGCUGCCAUGCUGACACACCACAACAUCGUCAAUAACGCACGUUUCAUUGGUGACAGAAUGCGUCUCACGUCGGCCGAUGUUCUCUGCUGUCCACCACCUCUCUUUCAUUGCUUCGGCCUUGUACUCGGGCUCCUCGCUAUAAUCACACACGGUGGCAAGAUAGUAUACCCUGCAGAAGUUUUCGAUAUCUCUGCCACUCUACGCGCCAUAUCCGACGAGUCCUGCACUGCUGUCCACGGUGUGCCUGCCAUGUUCGAUUCACUAUUCCAGGCCGAAUUUCCGCCCGAUUUUCGGUGUGACCGGCUCCGCACUGGUAUCAUUGCAGGUGCACCGGUUCCUAGAUAUCUCAUGGAGCUUCUUGUUGAAAAGCUUGGCAUGACAGAGUUCACCUCCAGCUACGGUUUAACGGAAGCGAGCCCCACGUGUUUCAACGCCUUCACAGACGAUAAUAUAGACACACGUCUAACAACUGUUGGCACACUCAUGCCGCACGCCCAUGCCAAAAUCGUCGAUCGUGAUGGGAACAUUGUGCCCGUCGGCGAGCGCGGGGAGCUAUGCAUGGGAGGGUACCAACUUCAAGCCGGUUACUGGAACAAUUCGGCCAAGACCAACGAGGUCAUGGUUCGCGAUUCUACCGGUGUUCUAUGGCUUCAUACGGGAGACGAGGCUGUUUUCGAUGAGCAUGGCUACUGUACCAUCACGGGCCGUUUCAAGGACAUCAUUAUUAGAGGUGGCGAAAACAUCUAUCCCCUUGAGAUCGAGGAGCGGCUCUUGGCGCAUCCCUCGAUUUCUCGCGCUAUCGUGGUUGGUCUCAAGAGCCAGCACUACGGUGAGGUCGUCGGUGCAUUUCUUGAGCUGGCCGUAACAGCAGCUAAGCCCUCGGAUCAGGAGCUACGUGACUGGGUGCGCAAGCGACUCGGUGGACACAAGUCCCCUGCAAACCUAUUCUGGCUCGGCGAAGGUGGUGUUCCAGUGGAUGUACCCUUGACUGGCAGUGGUAAAGUGAAGAAGUUUGAAAUGGCCAAGUUGGGCGACGAGCUGCUCCGCAAAGAGACGAGUGUUGCCAAGCUAUAG